ACUCCAUCAUGACCAGAAGAUACAAAGUUUUAACGGACGAGCAGGUCGACCAUUUCCUUCAGCAUGGCUUCAUUCAUCUGCCACAAGCUUUCACACCGGCUCAGGCUGACGAGUGGACACGAGACAUGUGGGUACGACUGGGCAUGGACCCCCAUGACCAGUCCACUUGGACGAGAGAGUGGACCAAUAUGCCUCACCACAAGACCGAGCUCGUGAGCAAAUUUGCACCAACGGCCUGGGACGCAAUUUGCGACUUGGUUGGCGGCGCGGAGCGUAUAGACGAUGACAAGCGGUCUUGGAGUGACGGCUUCAUUGUCAAUCUUGGCAGCGAAGAGUUCCCACCAGAGAGGACGACACACCCUACAGAGCUCAAGAGGUGGCACUGCGAUGGCGAUUUCUUCCUCCAUUUUCUCGACAGUCCCGAGCAGGGCCUUCUCGUCGUCCCAUUGUUCUCCGACGUCGUACCGAACGGGGGUGGAACAAUCAUUGCGCCUGAAGGCGUGGGACAUAUUGCUCGGUAUCUCGCAGCACAUCCGGAGGGUGUCAUGCCGACCGCUUUCCCAUUUCACGACAUCGCCGUCAAUCAGUGCAAGAACUAUGUCGAGCUGACCGGGAAGAAAGGUGAUGUGAUCCUCCUUCACCCUUUGAUGCUUCAUACCGCUUCGAGGAACCAUCUUCGAGCGGUUCGAGUCAUCACCAAUCCACCCAUCUCACUCACUGAGCCGUUCAAGUUCAAGAGGUCUUCUUCGGAAGACUACUCACUCGUCGAGCUCAAAACGAUGAGGGAACUGGGAGCGGACGCAUCGGAAGGUUACGACUUCAAAUUGGUGGGAGAGAGGAAGGAGGUAGUGCCGCUACGACUUCAGAUUCAAGCCAAGUGGAAGGCGGAGGAGCUCGAGAGAAUGCGUGUGCUGAAGGAAAAUGGACAGAAGAGAGGCAAGCAGACACUGGACGAGGCUUGGGAGGCUAUCGGAUACUAGAUGCAAGAUAGCAUGACACAGGCGAGGCGUUCAGGCUCAACGUGACACAUGCUAUACGAGUGGCAGAACCAACGUCAGGGUCAUUCAGCGGUAAGGGCUUGAAAGGCCCGGUUCCUCGGCCACCACUUGGGAGUCUGUGCUGCUCGUAUCAUGCCAGAUCUCUUUCUGAGCGUGUGUCAGGGGUAUUUGAGCAAAAGUC